AUGAAGGACACAGCCAAACGAAACAUGUCAUAUCGGUCGGGGACCGAAAUACCAACGUCCGUGUUUUCCACUGAUGAGCUCCUGGUUAGAAGUGGAAAGUCAGCGACUGGAUCCAAGCAAGCCUUCAAGCUAACAUCCCAGAAGGCUAUCAUUGGUUCGUGGUAUUUUCGCCCACUUCAUGCUUGCGGCAAAAUGAAGGGACUAGAUCACGAGUUACAACACUACCAGUGGGAAAUUAUUGGACCCGCUGAGGUGAGAUGGACAGGGACAUUAUUGGACCCGCUGAGCGGAGAAGACACAAAACAUGAAUACGGCGUAGGCUUCAUCGUACGCAAAGCAGUCACUGGAUGCAUACUGAGCUGCACACCCAUCUCCAACAGGAUCAUAUCCAUCCGUGUGUCAGCCAAACCCAAGAACGUUACCAUCAUACAAGUGUAUGCCCCAACAUCGGAUCAUGAAGACCAAGAGGUAGAAGAAUUUUAUGAACAAGUGGAAAAUGUUACCAAGAAAGUGCCCAAGAAAGACAUCAUCAUCAUACAGGGUUACUUCAACGCGAAGAUCGGACCGCACGUCUUUGAGAUCUGGAUAGGAACAGUCAGCCAAUAUGGAACAAGUGAAACUAAUGACAGGGGACUACGUGCACUGGAGUUUGCGAGCAGUCAACGGCUCACCAUCGCCAACACCCUAUACCAACACAAGAUUUCCUGUAGAACAACCUGA